CUAAUCGAUUCUAUUCUGUCUACAAAGUUUAAGGGAUUUGUAAAUUAUAACAAGCUGUUAUCGAAUAAUCUAGUAGAAUGCUAUACGGUUAAGAAAUACGAACAUGGAGCAAUUUACGAAAAGUUAGUUUAUCAGUAGCUAUAUUUAGAUUGGAAAACCAGUGACAUGUCUACAGAUAAUGUUUUAUAUACCUCACUAGCACCUGUGUCAUGGGUAUUGGCAAAAAUACUAGCAACUGUUGCAUUUUUUAAAUAUUAAAAACUAUUAGACCGACAUAAAUUAAAAAUUAUUGUGUUUUUGUAUGCUUCGACAGAACCAAGUAUAUAAGCUGAACUAUGGAAAGAGUAUUAGGAACUCGUGUGGUCAGAGGUCCAGACUGGAAUAAGGGAGAUGAGGAUGGAGGUGAAGGUCACGUGGGUACAGUCACAGUCGUUAACAAUAACAAGACGGUAGACGUUAUUUGGGACACAGGACAAAAGGGAAUAUACAACACUGGGCAUGACAAUAUAUUUGAUCUGCGAGUGUUUGACCCCGCAUCAUUUGGACACAAGCACGCCGGGAAAUGAUACGAAGAAUGUCAAGUAACGGAGUGUAUGGGUAUACUCUGGUCUUGCCAGGAUUGUCCCGGUAUUUAUCUAUGCAAUACCUGUUACAGUUGCGAUCAACAUGAUAUACGGCAUACAUUCAAACGGUUGGAUGAUCCUGUAGCGGAAGGUUACGCUGUUGCAAGACGGUCUAUUAGCUACAAAGUGAGGUCAUCUGGACUGUUCGUCGGUGCAAAAGUGAAACAUCUUGGGGAGAAUGGCGAUGACCAUAGAAACAGAGGAACAGUGGCGGCGUGUGUCCCGUAUAAUGAACAUGAAGCAUUACAGAAUGCCGUGAAAGUCGUGUGGUCGAACAAUGAGACGUCCGUAUGUCGUCCAGGGGUAGAAGUCAUUUGUAUAGAGGAAAUGCCGGGAUUAUACUACUAUAGAGACCAUCUGCCUGUGCUUGGUCAAAAUACAUAUGAUGCGGAGAACAAACAACCGGCAUAUAAAGUUACUCAACAGACAAAUGUUAUUGAAAGUGAGAACACGCUGCCUGUUGAUGAAGGAUAUCAACUCAGAUAUCGUCCGCAUGCAGACGCCCAUCGAGAUCCGGAUUCGAAACAUGUUCCUCCUUUGAAGGUCGGCGACCGUGUACGUAUUAUCGACAACGCUGCUUAUCUCAGAAGCGUUUUAAAAGAAAAUUGGAGUGAUGACAUGACAACGGUGAUUGGCGAAGUUGGUAAAAUCACACACAAAUACACAGACGGUUUCCUAGAGGUCAAUUUUGGAAAUAAAGCCUGGAUGUUUUUGCCGGCCUGUUUUGAGUCUUACACCGAUCAGAAUCAAGCGGCAUCGAUUACUAAGAGUUCGACGCAAUCCAAAGACACUACUAACAAGACCAGACACAUGCAUCAAAGUACAUCCAGUGCACAUUUGGAAACAGAAGAGGAUCUUAACAAACUGUUUGAACUUUUCUCAACGGUUUUUUCCUCUUUGUCAGACGUACCGCCAACAUUUCUUAUCGAUGCCGUAGCCGCAAAUCACUGCGCAUUGGUGUUUGUUACAGCGGCCAGAUGCCCACAUUUGGUCAAUGGCAUACAUCAAACGUUUACCGCGUUAAUGUUGGCCUGCCAGAAAGGCUACAAAGAUGCCGUUCAGAUUCUACUCACUGCACGUGCUGAUGCAAAUAUAGCGGGUGAAAAUGGAAUGACAGCGCUGAUGUUGGCCAUUAUCCACGGUCACGCGGAGAUAGCCAUUUUGUUAAUUCAACGAGGGGCAGACCCGAACCUUAAGGACAAGAAGGGAAGAAAUGCUAUGAUCAUUGCCGCGUACAAAUUAGAAACAACAGUUAUUAAAGAAUUGAUAGCACGAAAUGCCGAUCUUAAUGAACAGGAUGAGCAAGGAAACACGGCCCUACACGUUUCGAUAAUAGCUAACAAUGCCGUAUCAAUAUUAGAUAUGGUACAAUGUAAAAGGGUAAAUGUACUCAUUCGGAACAAAAACCGACAGACUCCCAUGAUACUUGCUGCAAUAAAAAAUGAUGUUAAAACCAUAGAAGUUAUAAUUAAUCGUUGUCCAGCGAAUAAAUACCCCGACGUUGCAAACGAGGCUCUGCAAGCAGCUAUAUUCAACAAUAAUACAGAUGUUGUCCGCCUACUUAUACAGCUUGGUGUUGAUGUUAAUCGAUUGGAUGAGAAGCUCACCAUUUCGUUGCACUAUGCAUGUUUAUUAGGGCAAUUUGAUAUAUCAAAGCUUUUGGCACAGGCCGGUGCUUGUGUUAACAAACAGAGCGUGGAUGGAGUUACCCCACUUCAUUUAUGUAUUGCAAAGUCUUCGCCUAAUUGCAACGUGGACGAGACUGAAGAGGUAAGAACUCUGAACAAUACUCCUGAGAAAAUACGAGAAAGAACUGACUUGGCGUGUUACCUGGUUAAACAUGGAGCAGACAUGUUGAUAAGGGAUGCAAAUGGAAAUACUCCACUGACAUUUUGCACAGAAGAGAACAUGUUGACAUCCAUCAAACGCAGCGCAAGAGUUCAGUAUGUUGUUUUCCGCUUCUUUUAGAAUAAUGCAUUUUAUUUUUGACUUUAUAGAUAGAUAGAUAGGUUUAUUCGGCACAUACAUGUCAAAUAGUAACAUUUACAAUUUAUUUUUACGGUAGCUUAAAAACAAAUUAACUUAAAACAAACAAAUAUAUUGAGCACAAAAAUAUCACAGAUUAAAUUG